AUGGCCGACAACACCCCCCAGCCCGUCGCUCCCAUCUCGCGCACCACACGUCCCAUGAGCGAAGCUCUCCUCAACGAAAAGUGGGACCGCUGCCUCUCUUCAAUGCUCAUCCGCUCCGGCCUCGGCCUGUCAUUCGGCGUCGUCUUCUCCGUACUUCUCUUCAAGCGCCGCGCAUGGCCCGCAUUCACCGGUCUCGGUUUCGGUGCCGGAAGGGCCUGGGAAGAGUGCGACAACUCCUUCAAGCGCGCAGCAUCACCCCCGAAAGACGGCCUCCGCAUUAUCCGACCAUAA